AGUAAUGGAAUCAGUCACCUCACUGCUCAUAUAUGGCAUGUUCUCCAAGCUACUCCAUCCCCACCAUUUCAAAUUGCAAUCUUGCAAUCUUGCAGCAGCUGAUGGAUUAGCAGCAGGACAAAGACUGAUAUAUCCAUCCAGACAAGCGCACGCCAAAGACCGCAUUCGCCAAGCAGCGGCGGCGCGGGGUUGAUGGAGACGCGGCGGCCCCGGCGCGGCGGGAAGAAGCGCUUCCUCCUCCCGCUCGCGCUCCUCUGCCUCGCCGUGCUGCUCCCCGGCGCGCUGCUCCCGCCGUCCGCCUCGGCGUCAUCCUCGUCGCCGGCCGUGGGAGGUGGCAGCAGGAAGCGGCGGUGGGUGGGGUUUGACUACUAUGUACUGGCGCUGCAAUGGCCGGGCACCAUCUGCCGCGAGACCAGCAACUGCUGCGACACCAAUGGCUGCUGCCGAUCGAAGCCUCUCAAGUGGUUCACGAUUCAUGGUCUCUGGCCACAGUACAAUUAUGGGGGCUGGCCAUCAUGCUGCAGACCAACCAAAUUCAACAUAAAUAAGAUAUUAAUGCUGAUGCCAAUACUUGAGAAGUACUGGCCAUCCUUGUACUGCGGUUCUUCUUCAACCUGCUUUGGUGGAAGGGGUCCAUUUUGGGUGCAUGAGUGGGAAACUCACGGGACUUGUGCUUACCCUGAAAUACAGGAUGAAUAUGACUACUUCUCCACAGCACUGUAUCUCUACAGCAAAUACAAUGUUACGAAAGCUCUGAGAAAAGCGCAUAUUCGGCCUGCAAGCGGCAGAAAAUACGCCGUUGGCCAUAUUGUUGCUGUCAUUGAAUACGCGUUUGGGGCAAUGCCGUCACUUGUCUGUAAGAACGGCUCAGUUCAAGAACUCAGGCUCUGCUUCCACAAGGAUUAUCAGCCUCGUGAUUGCACGCUUGAGACUGGCACUGCACCGAACAGCAGAAGCUACUGCCCUCGCUACGUCACGUUCCCGUCGUAUAAACCGUCUGUGAUGGCCAAUACUACGGAGGGGAUCAGUAACCAAGCGUCGAAGCCAAUGGUGAGCUACACGAGUACGUCUGCCUCUGAGCAGCGUCUAGGACUCCAGGUUCUGAAAUGAUAGUCAAAAUUACCGGCCCUGUAUGGUCCUGUAUGUAUAAUUCUUUCAUUCAGUCUCAAAUGAUUGGGCACUGGGAUUUGGGAAUGCAAUGUGAAUGUGAAUGAAUACACAUAUUUAUCUGAAUUGUCCUCUAAGGCCUUGUUCAGUUGGCAAAA